AUGAGUGGUGGUGAAACCGAAGGGGAGACGUUAGAGUACACGCCGACAUGGAUUGUUGCAGCAGUGUGCACUGUGAUCGUCGCCAUUUCUCUGGCACUCGAGCGCCUCCUCCACUACGGAGGCAAGUACUUGAAGAAGAAGAACCAGAAGCCGCUCUUCGAAGCCUUGCAGAAAAUUAAAGAGGAGCUUAUGCUGUUGGGCUUCAUUUCUCUGCUCCUCACUGUCUUCCAAAACGUCAUCUCCAAAAUCUGCGUCGCCCACCAAGUAAUGGAGCAUCUGCUGCCAUGCAAACUCCCCAGUGAGGAAGAAGCAGCAAAACCCACUUCCCAUUUCGGAAGGAGGAAGCUUUUCGCCGAGGAAUCGUUUGAGAUGCAGAUCGGUUACUGUGCCAAAAAGCAUAAGGUACCGUUGUUAUCAGUUGAAGCUUUGCAUCAUCUGCAUAUCUUUAUCUUCGUCCUAGCCAUUGUCCAUGUGACCUUCUGUGUUCUCACUGUUGUCUUCGGAGGGAUGAAAAUUCGUCAAUGGAAAUCUUGGGAGGAUUCGAUCGCAAAAGAAAAUUAUGAUUCAGAACAAGUUCUCAAGAAGAAGAAAAAGGUCACCCAUGUCAACCAACACGCUUUUAUCAAAGCCCAUUUUCUGGGUAUGGGUAAAAAUUCAGCCUUUCUGGGAUGGGUAGAUUCUUUUGUCAAACAAUUUUAUGCAUCUGUGACGAAAUCAGAUUAUGUGACUUUGCGACUGGGUUUCAUCACAACCCAUUGCAGGGGAAACCCCAAAUUUAAUUUUCACAAAUACAUGAUUAGAGCCCUUGAAGAUGAUUUUAAGAAAGUGGUUGGUAUAAGUUGGUAUCUCUGGAUAUUUGUGGUCAUCUUCUUGCUGAUGAAUAUUAAUGGCUGGCAUACAUAUUUCUGGAUAGCUUUUGCUCCCUUCGUUCUUCUGCUUGCUGUGGGAACUAAGCUGGAGCAUAUAAUUACCCAAUUGGCACAUGAGGUUGCUGAGAAACAUAUAGCCAUAGAAGGGGAUCUUGUGGUUCAGCCAUCAGAUGACCACUUUUGGUUCGGCAAACCCAAAAUUGUCCUCUUCUUGAUCCAUUUCAUCCUCUUCCAAAAUGCUUUCGAAAUCGCCUUCUUUUUCUGGAUUUGGCUGCAGUAUGGUUUCGACUCGUGCAUAAUGGGACAAGUGCGUUACAUUGUCCCCAGGCUUAUUAUUGGGGUGUUCAUUCAGGUGCUCUGUAGUUACAGCACUCUGCCACUCUACGCCAUUGUGGCACAGAUGGGGACUAAUUUCAAGGCGGCAAUAUUUAAUGAGCAUGUGCAAGUAGGGCUUGUUGGUUGGGCUCAGAAGGUUAAGAAGAAGAAGUCGCUGGAAGCUGCUAACGAUGCCUCUGGCUCUGGCUCUGGCUCUGGACAAGGCCAAGCAAGUUCCCAUGGUGGUGGUCUUGCUUCUAAUAUGGGAAUUCAGCUGGGAAAAUUUAUCAACAAGGCAACUAAGCAGGAGGAAACUAAGCAGGAGGAGACUAAGUAA